AUGGGUCAUCGAAGAUUUCUUCCAGAUAAUCACCAAUAUCGUAAGGAAAAAAAAGUCUUUAAUGGUAGAAUUGAGAAAAGAAAGGCAAGAAAACCCUUAGGUGGAGAAGUUUUAUUUUCCCGACUUGAAAAUAUAAACAUUGUGUUCGGAAAAGUAAAAGGUAAAAGUAGAUCUGUUACCAAAAAUAUUUGGAAGAAAAAGUCUAUAUUGUGGGAUUUACCAUACUGGAAGCACUUACAAGUCCGACAUUGUCUUGAUAUCAUGCAUAUAGAGAAAAAUGUUUGUGAAAGCUUGUUAGGGUUGUUGUUGAACCUUAAAUGGAAGUCUAAGGAUGGGGCUAGCGUUCGAAGAGACAUGCUAGCAAUGGGAAUUAGACCCGAGCUUGCUCCAAUUGAGAAUGUCCCAUCUAGCUAUUCGGCUAACAUUAAGAAGUUGGUGUCGAUGGAUGAAUUAAAAUUGGUUGGCAUGAAAUCCCAUGAUUGUCAUGUUUUGCUGACACAUAUGAUUCCCAUUGCAAUUCGUGGAAUACUUCCAGACCGUAUUCGACACACGAUCACAAAGCUUUGUCUAUUUUUUAACAUGAUUCAUUCAAAAGUUAUUAACCCUGAGGCGUUCGAUUCAUGGCAAAGUGAUAUUAUAAUGACUUUAUGCCAGCUCGAGAUGUACUUUCCACCUUCUUUUUUUGAUAUAAUGGUUCAUCUGAUAUCUCAUAUUGUAUAUGAAAUAAAGGUUUGUGGUCCAGUUUUCCUACGAUAUAUGUAUCCAUUCGAGAGAUAUAUGAGUGUCUUAAAAGGGUAUGUAAGGAACCAACAUCGACCAGAAGGUAGUAUUGUUGAAGGAUAUGCUUCAGAGGAGGCGAUUGAAUUCUGUACAAACUAUCUUCAAGGUGUCAAGAAUAUUGGCAUUCCGAGAUCUCGACACGCGGGUAGACUUGUAGGGAUCGAGACAAUUGGAUUGAAAAGACUCGUCCCAGACCGUGAGGAAUUUCAGCUUGCACAUUUUAUAGUGUUACAACACAUGACAGUCAUUGCUCCAUACAUAAAUGAGCACAAAAGAGUGCUACAGAGGAUGCACAGAAAUAAGGGUGAAAGAUGGUUGACUACCGAGCAUAACAAAACUUUUGCAAAAUGGCUGAAAAAUAAAGUGAAAACAAGUUAUUAUGAAGAAGGUAUGGAUGAAGUAGUAGUACAAUUAGGAAAUGGUCUGCAACAUCUUGUGGCAACGUACCAAGGCUACGAUAUUAACGGCUAUACAUUUUACACCAAUCGACAAGAUCGGAAAAGUACAUUUCAAAACAGUGGUGUGACGUUAAUACCCUCUACGAUGGAAUUUAGCGGGGCUGAUCAUGAUGCAAGGUGCAGGAUCGCCAAAGACUCUUACUAUGGUGUCAUUCAAGAAAUUUGGGAAUUGAAAUAUGAUUCCAUCAUUAUACCCUUAUUCAAGUGCAGAUGGGUCGACAACCAACAAGGUGUUAAAGUUGACAACGAUGGUUUCACUAUUGUCGACCUUUCAACAAAUGGCUAUGUAUCCGAGCCAUUCAUUUUAGCCAAACAAGCCACCCAAGUAUUUUUUGUCGAGGAUCCAAAGGAUUCGGGAUGGCACAUCGUCUUGCAUGGUAAACGGCGUAUACUUGGUGUUGAUAAUGUCACAGAUGAAGAAGAUUAUGAUCAUUUUGACGAGCUACCUCCAUUUUCCAUUGGUAUCCCUUCGUCGAAUGAUAAUAUUGAUGAUACCACUUACUUAAGAUUUGACCACGACGAAGGAUUAUGGGAAUGA